ACAGUUUUUAGGUCUUUUAAAAUAUUUGAAAGAAUUAAAAAAAAACAAAAAAAAGCAAUCUACAAGGUCUACUUACCAUUUCAAAGACACGACCAAGAAGCUAUUAGUUGUUUGUCCAAAUACUGUAAUAUGAGUCUUUGUUGUGCACACAGGAGACAGGUGAGUGAUGCUGGGUAAGAGCCUUAAGUAGCCAAACUAAAGAUUAGAUGAAAUGCUCCUAUUAUGAUUCUUUGUAGCCCAUGCAAUAGGGAAGCUGGUUACUUGAUCCUCUGCUACCUGAACCUCAUUGUUGCAGCUUUUAAUGUCUGAAUAUCCAGACCUCCUAUAAAGGUAACUUUGAGGAAAGAAUGAUGGGACAAGAACCAGCCUUCAGAGCCAGAAAUGGGCAACAAGCAAACCAUUUUCACUCCAGAGCAACUGGAUGCAUAUCAGGACUGCACAUUCUUUACAAGGAAAGAAAUUCUGAGACUGUUUUACAGAUACCGAGAUCUAGCCCCACAGCUAGUUCCACUCGACUACACAGAUAAACCAGACGUGACACUUCCCUAUGAGCUCAUUGGCAGCAUGCCAGAGCUGAAGGACAAUCCAUUCCGCCAGCGGAUAGCAGAGGUUUUCUCAGAGGAUGGAGAAGGCAAUAUGACUUUGGAUGAUUUUUUGGACAUGUUUUCAGCGCUGAGUGAAAUGGCGCCCAGAGACUUAAAGGCAUAUUAUGCCUUUAAAAUUUAUGAUUUUAACAAUGAUGAUUACAUAUGCAAAUCAGAUCUGGAAAAAACAGUUAACAAAUUAACCCGAAACGAACUUACCCCAGAAGAAGUUAGACUUGCAUGUGACAAGGUCAUUGAUGAAGCAGAUCUGGACAAUGAUGGCAAACUUUCUCUGGAAGACUUUCAGCAUAUGAUAAUAAGAGCUCCUGAUUUUCUCAGUACAUUUCACAUUCGAAUCUGAGACUAGUGAAAUACAGAGAUGGAAGUGCUUCUCGAGUCUGCAACAAACUUGUUUCACCUGAGGUUACUGUCCAUGACAGAAGAACACGAGAGGACCAAAGAGGACAAUUUUUGGUGAACUGGUCAGAAAACUGUCUCUUGUUUACUGCUUUAAAAGGAACAAUUCAUCAUACUCUUCUUCAAGAUUUCCCUGUAAUUUAACAAAAUGCGUAUUUUUCCAUAAAAUUGUCUAUUCCCUUCCACUCCUCCAGUGAGAACACACCUGACCUCAGCAGUGACAUGGAAAAUAUUUUUUAAAGCUCAGAUAUUACCAGGUACUAAAGGAACUUGUAUCAAAGUAUACCUUCUAAAAAAGUUCCUAAGAAAACACCUUAUCUAGUUAAAAAACAAACACCUCCCCCCCCUUCCCCAGAUGUAGUUUUGACUAAAACUACAUCUAGGAAUCACAGCUCAUUCCUUGCUGUCCUACUCUUUUUUCCCUAAGAGAAGAUUCUAUCUGUAGUUGACAAAAAACACAUUGCUAUCCACAGAACUUGGUUAUCGUAAAAAAAAAACAUGCACUGAGCACAUGCUCAGCUCAAAUUUUGAAUUCCUGAGAAUCCUGCCUACCUUGAAAAUAGUUUUAAAACCAUUACAGUUAAUAGAAGUUGUGUAACCAGCAACUCAGAUGAUCUAUCUCAACAAAUGCCCGGUGAAUCAAUUUGCAAAAGUAUGCCACUGGUGUAUCACAGAAACAUAUUACAGGCUCUGGGAAGGAUGUAGGGAAGACCUGCAUCUAUUUCAGCCAGUCAAGUGAUUCCCUUUUCUAUGUCAAGUAUGUAAAAAAGCUGCUAUAAGUUAACAGGAAAAAUCACUUAAAUGAAAAAAAUUCACAGCCGUACCUCAGCUCUCUGAUACACAAAUUG